GAGACUUAUGCACUCAUAAUAACUUUUACUCAUAGAUUGUCCACAGAUAUGACAUUUAGGUACCACACCCUCUGUAGCUUGUUUAUUCAUGUUGAUAUUUGUUCAAUCUUACUCCUUUUCAGAAAUCAGUAAAGUUGAGGACACCAUAGAGAAAAUCCAAGAAAAUGAAGACAAACAUAUGAGGCAAGCUGAUGAUCUCAAUAGCCAAAGACCAGAGAAGGGAGACGCAUUUGAUACAACUUACAACCUAGAACCACACCUCAUUUCUUCAAGCACAGCAGCUCACAGUUGUGUCUCCUGUGGGAAGACUUUGGAAUCUAUUUCAGAAUUAAUUAGUAGUGAUGGAAGGUAUGCAAUAGAGAAGCCCAACAAGUGUAUUGAUUGUGGGGAAACAUACAGAGAGAAAGCAGAUGACUUUAAUCAAAAUGGGGAUACUUCUUCUCAACAUGAUGAAAGUAGUCUGCAGAAAAUUACCAUUUUGGAGAAACCCUUUGAUUAUGGGUUAAUGGAAGCCUUAGACAGUGAAACUGUUUUCUUGGCUCAUGAGAGAGCUUAUAUGGAGGAGAAGCCCUAUGAAUGGGAUGAUUCUGGACCAGACUUCAUUCAGAUGUCAGAUUUCAAUGCAUACCAGAGAUCACAAAUGGAAAUGAAGCCCUUCGAAUGUACGCAGUGUGGGAAAUCCUUUUGUAAAAAGUCCAAAUUCAUCAUACAUCAGAGAGCUCAUACAGGAGAGAAACCAUAUGCAUGUAAUAUGUGUGGAAAGUCCUUUAGUCAAAAGGGAACCCUCACUGUACAUCGGAGAUCACACUUAGAGGAAAAACCUUAUAAGUGUAAUGAAUGUGGGAAAACCUUCUGUCAGAAGUUACAUCUCACACAACAUCUGAGAACUCAUUCAGGAGAAAAGCCCUAUGAAUGUAGUGAGUGUGGGAAAACAUUCUGCCAAAAGACACACCUCACUUUACACCAGAGAAAUCAUUCUGGGGAGAGGCCCUAUCCAUGUAAUGAAUGUGGGAAAUCCUUCUCCCGAAAGUCUGCCCUCAAUGACCAUCAGAGAACACACACAGGAGAGAAGCUUUAUAAGUGUAAUGAAUGUGGUAAAUCCUACUACCGAAAGUCCACUCUCAUUACACACCAGAGAACACACACAGGGGAGAAGCCCUAUCAGUGUAGUGAGUGUGGGAAGUUCUUUUCUCGGGUAUCAUAUCUCACCAUACACUAUAGGAGCCAUUUAGAAGAAAAACCAUAUGAGUGUACAGAAUGUGGGAAAACCUUCAAUCUAAACUCAGCUUUCAUUAGGCAUCGGAAGGUACAUACAGAAGAGAGAGUUCAUGAGUGUAGUGAAUGUGGGAAGUUCUCCCAGCUGCAAUAUCUUCCUGAUCACACAAAUGACUUAGGAGAGAAACACUAUGAAUGUAAUGAGUGCGGGAAAAUCUUCCUUGAAAAUUCAGCCUUCAUUGGACACCAGCCCACUCCAGAAGGUGAAAAAAUUUAUGAAUGUAAUAUAUGUGGAAAGUCAUUCUCUGAUUUGUCAUGCUAUACUAUACAUUACAGAGGUCAUUCAGAAGAGAAACCCUUUGGAUGUAAUGAAUGUGGGAAGACCUUCUCUCAUAAUUCAUCCCUCUUUAGACAUCAAAGAGUACAUACAGGUGAAAAGCCGUAUGAAUGUUACGAAUGUGGAAAAUUCUUCUCUCAGAAGUCAUAUCUCACUAUUCAUCACCGGAUCCAUUCAGGAGAGAAGCCCUAUGAAUGUAGCAAGUGUGGAAAAGUUUUCUCUCGGAUGUCAAACCUCACUGUACACUAUAGAAGCCAUUCAGGAGAGAAACCCUAUGAAUGUAAUGAAUGUGGGAAAGUCUUUUCUCAGAAGUCAUACCUCACUGUACAUUACCGGACUCAUUCAGGAGAGAAACCUUAUGAAUGUAGUGAAUGUGGGAAAAAAUUCCAUCACAGAUCAGCCUUCAAUAGCCAUCAGAGAAUUCAUAAAAGAGGAAAUAUAAAUGUACUCAAUGUGGAAAAUCUCUGACAUCUCAAUUCAAAAAACCAAACAUUUGGUUAUAAUGAACAUUGGAAGUUCAAUAGGGAGUAAAGGGUGGAUCCCCCCACCCCAAUGUUUAAAUUUGUGGUGCUGGGAAUUGAAUACAGGGCCUUUUGCAUGCUAUAGAUGUUCUACAUGGAGCUGCACCCCAGUGAUUCAUAAGUAGAGCAUCCAUGAGCUUUGAGAAGUCCUUAAAACAAAAUCUACUUUCACCUGAAUUUUCAGAGACGAAUCUGUAGGAAUUCAGCAAGAAGCAAACCAUGACCAUGUAACUCAUGGGACACUAGAUAAUUUUUACAGGAGUGAAACUUUCAAAGUAUUUAAUAUUUAUUUUUGAUUUAAAUUGUAUUUACAUAUCAGGGAGUCUUGCUAAGAAAUGUCAAUAAGGUGACUAUGUAACACACUUUGGAAACAAGCUAAAAGCCAUAUUUGUAAUGUAAAAGCAGGUGUUUAUAGAAAAUAUGCAAGAAGUUAUCUGUUCUGAAUAAACUUAUAAAAGGAAUUUAUGAAGUUGAGAGUUGAUCAUAAGUGUGACUAUGUGGCAUCUCUGAUGUUUUAGAAAUGCAAUUUAAUAUUCUGUGCAAUUUUUUGUAACUUUGGCUUUGAAUAAUUUGUGAAAACAUGGUAUUAUUAGAAUGACCAAGUGUUACAAUGGGAUAUAUUGGUGAAAUAUGUUAUAUAAUAGGAAAGUACAUUAUUUUCUAUUUAGAAUUUACAAGCAGAUUUUUUUUGUUGUUAAUGCUUACCAGUAGAGUGGUUUUGUAAAAAUUUUUCAACUGGAAUUGAGCAAAAUUUUUUAAAAAUACUAUUUUGAUAAACUUUACUGUCUUAGCGUUGUAUUGCUGUGAAGAGACACCAUGACCAAGCAAAUCUUU